GUCAGACGAUGUGCAGUAGACUGUCGAGCAAGUUGAGCCUGUCCAUUUCAAGUCAAAUUUUGCAGAAAAAUCGUCAACUUCGACAAUUUUCCCAGCUGUUGCUGGACGUUGAUUUCCUGCGCUUUGCCGAACUUGUUGAAGAAACUACCGGCGACAUUGAAGCGCUAGCUGGCCGCUUGAGUGAAAUCCCAACGGGGGCGCUGCUUUCAAGCUUUCUCAAAAAGAAGAUUGACCAACUUUGCACGGCCAAGAGUCGCUGCCUGAAGCAACUGGAAUCCUUCCAGGAUAUCGGCUUUGGACGGAUUUUUUACGAGCGUUUAGCAAGGACCGCAAAACACAUUGAAUUUGCAUUUCGUGCGUUCACCCGAGAAGUGACAGCCCAAAUCGAUAAACUUUCGGAAAUUUAUGAUAUCCAAGAAUUUCAAGAACACUUACGUCAUACCAGCUUGCUGAAUCUAAUCGUGCUCAACAACCAUAGAAACUUUCAAAAUAUCACAACUUUAGAAUCCUUAAAACACCGCUCAGCCUAUCACAUUGCACAGCUCAGAGUCCACACACACGUCAUAUUCCAAGACAUCCUAACCCGUUACAACGUACUGUUUGAAGAAAUGGAGUCCGCUCACUCGGCCUCGAUUGAGUCGCUGCGCGAGAUCCUCAACAUGGAGAUCAACAAGUCCCGCACCGAGCUGGUCAUCGAAGAAACGGAACUUACCGAACUUCGCCAGGAGCUGUUCCCGUCGGAGGUCAGCUUGAAGGAGCAGCGAGAAGCCGCGAUUGAUCAGCUGGAAAUUAAGGAGCUCGAUCUGGAGCACAAGAUCCGCUCGAUCGAUAUGCUGCAGACCAACAUUCAAGGUCUGGAGAUCCAGGUGGCGCAGCUGGUUCAGGAACGCCUGCGGGUGCAGGAGCAGUUGAUGAUGAAGCGAGAAUCGCUGCGGUCGGGCAUCCGGGAGAUUGUGCGCUUGGAAAAGUUGAUCGCGCAGAUCGAGCGAGACAUUUCGGACCGGUUGGUGGCGUUCCAGGAGCAGCUGGAAGGCUUGGAGCAGAAGCGGUUGGCAAUUCUAGCGGAUGAAACCCUAACCGAGGAGGAACGGGCACGACUGUUGGCCGAGCUGGACGCGGAAAUCGCCGUGAUUCGGGAGAAGCACGAGGCAGAUCAGCAGCUGCUGAAGGACAAGUGCGAAGAGCUGAAGGUGCUGUCGAAGAGCGUGACGGAAGAUUUGGACCUGUUUAAGGACGAGCUCAUGAAGAAGCAUAUGGAUGAAAUCCGAGAGUUGGAAGCGAUGAUGGAGAAUGCUUCGCCUUCGGAAUUGGUGCUGCUCAAGGCAAAGAUUGCCGCACUGCAGCAAGAGUUUGAGGAAAACAUGGAAAUGCUGGAAAGGGCGAAAGCAAGGCCGCAUUAUCUGGAGGACGAAUUUGGCCGGUAUUACAUAAACGAAGCUGGACAGAAGAUUUACCAGCGGGAUUCUAACGCAUCUCAAUAUAUUAUGGAUGAAAAUGGCGAGUGGGUUAAGGUUAAGGACGCCGUUGAGAUCCAAAAGGAUGAGAAAGGAGAGUUUUUCAUCGAUAGUUUCGGUAAAAAGAUUUACACGAAGAAGUAUUAUGAAGACGAGUUUGGAAAGUAUUACAUCGAUAGUAGAGGAAAACGCAUCUAUUUGGAGCAUUCGGAAACGUCUGUGGUACCAGAACUAACCGAACCAGUGCUUGAAAGCGUGUCUUCGGAGAGUGAAGAAUGUUUGGAGCCAGCGUCCGAAUCGGAGAUGAGGAUUUCGGAAAAACUUCGCCAGCAGCGUGCUUCCGACUGCAAGUACGUUCAGGACUCGGUUGGUCUGGCACUUCGAAAAGGACUCGCACUUACUAUUUUGUAUCAGCCGGAAGAUCCGAUUGAGUUUCUGGCAAAGUUUUUGGACAAGUUCCACCGGGACCAGACGAAGGAAGCAGAACGUGCACAGCUGAUGGGAAGAGUAAUGCAAAUAAAGCAGCAAAUGGGAGAAGCGAUUAGUGAGGACGACGUGUGCUGAAAGCAAUCCUGAAGAUUGAUGUGAAACUCGGCUGUAUUCCAGUGAUGCUGUUACUUAAUUUGCUAAUCAGAUAAAAACUUU